GGGAUGUGACGCUGAUGUGCACGUGACAGGAAGUACGUUCAAUCAAAAGUUGAGCAAAACAGCAAGAAAAAACCUGCUAAAUAUACGUUAUAUGGUUACAAUGCACACGUUGCAUCAAAACAAGAUCGCGCUUAAGGUCCUCGGACAUGGUGUCUUUUAAUGCCUCGCAAAAGCUCCAAGACACGGAUGCCUCCGUUGCUGUUCGUCGAGCGGCCCGCGUGCGGCAAAAGACUCCAACCCGCUCCUGAGGUCCGGGCUGCGCUGCACCCCAAAGAAUUCUUCAGUGACACCUCAAAACGCAGCGAUCUCGCCUCCUGGGUAAACCCACAGUUUGACACGUCCCUGGAGGCUCCAGCCCCACAGGCAAUACGCAGCAGGCGCAGGAAGUGCUCCUCGUUCAACAGCACCCGGGGCACUUGCAGCCGUUUGCCCAGGAAGCCCGUCUGCGAGUUCCCCCCGCUGUUGUGCCUGUCAAACGGGGACCCUCGACCUCCUCAAGCGGAGACGUCGACCGCGAGCUGCCUGACAGCCCCCGCGGGACGUCCCUCGAAAAGUGCCGCGUGUCAGGGCGCGCCAAAAAGACGAGUCCGGGAAAAGCAGAACGACGGCGCCUCCACCUGGACUUCUUCCUCCCGUUUACCAGAGACAAAGAAAGCAACCCCUCAAGCGGAGACGUCGACCGCGAGCUGCUCGACAGCCCCCGCGGGACGUCCCUCGAACAGUGUCACGUGCCAGGGCGCGCCAAGAAGACGAGUCCGGGAAAAGCAGAACGACGGCGCCUCCACCUGGACUUCUUCCUCCCGUUUACCAGACACAGAGAAAGCAACCCCUAAUGUGGACUCUCCGACAGAAAUAGUGGAAACGGGGAGCACUUCCUCUCCGUCCCCACACCGACUCCUCGCCCCGCCGCGAACUCCGCCGCAGCGUCGGCCACCCGCCGUGCUGGUGCCCGACACCCCCGAGCGCGACUACGGCCUGAAGGUGACGUGGAGGCGGCGGCCACAGUUGAUGGCCAUGUUGGAAGAGAGAGGACGGCUGGCGCCGUGCCACAAGCUCGUCGCCGGCUUGCACUGAGACCCGAUCACUGUUUUUGUUGCGUCUUCUUUCGCACACUUUGGAGUUACAAGUGAACUGGAACAACUACGGCCAAUGUAGUCUAAAAUGGCGCAUGCAUGUUUUUGGCAAAUGGGAGGAAGCUGCAAAAGCAGGCAAACUCCACCUCAGAUGUCAACCUGGGUUCAUGCGGUAAAGUUGAGACAAUUUGGAGUUUUGACAAUAUUUUAUGGGUGGUGGGGGGUUCUCUACACUUAAUGUUCGCCAGCAUCCAGGGAUUAUGUUCACAAUAAAACUGUGAGGCAGCACUGCCUCUAUCUAAUAAGUUUAAAAGGAUUGUAUGUCUUAAAUUAUGUCGCAUAUAUACUUCAUUUUGUAGUGAGUGCAUGUUGCAAAUGUUUAUAUUUUUCUUUGU